AAUCUAAUCUUCUCUCUCUCUCUCUCUCCACUUGUUUUGUUGAUCUCCGCCACUUCGUCUCUCCCCGUCUCCCCCGCGUCUCUAGGGUUUGCACGCCGCCGGAAUCGAACCCGCGCUCCCGAGCACGUCCGCCACCCUUCUCGCCUUUCCUUCCACCUAUCUGCGCGGCCGCGCCGGCUGUUGCUGUUUCUGUGGUUGCUGCGUCUCGCCGGUGGUGGUGGUGGUGAGUUUCGAGUGACCAGCGGCAUAUCUCCAUCUAGUGACUCUGCUAAUUAUGCGAUCUUCAUGGGCUGACUCAGUUGCGAACGCCGAGGAAUCGGCGCCCGCGACUGGUGGUGCUGCUAACGGAUCGGUUGCUAAUCACGGCAAUUCGCGCCCCACGCGCAGCUCCUACGUGCCUCCUCACCUCCGUGGCUGUUCGGUUGGUGCUGGCGUUGAGGCCCAAUCAGGCUCAGCAGUGCCAGCACAAAGUGGUCCUCUGCCCUCGGCUGCUACGAACCCUUCUGGUCAGGCUGCUGUUGUCAAUGGCCCUCGCUGGGCUGGCAUAGUGAAUGGUGGUGGCAGCGGCAGUGUGGGUGGUCCUCGCCAGGGCUAUGGCGGUGGUGGCCGUGGCGGUGGGGGUGGGGGUGGUGGCAAUGCCUGGAACUCCCGCCCUGGGGGUUGGGACCGCAGAGACCGUGAGCCGGAUCCUUUUGCCAAAAGCGAGGCUGAAGAAGUUAACUUUGAAGGCCUGGAGAACACAGGCAUCAAUUUUGAUGCAUAUGACGAUAUCCCUGUUGAGACGAGUGGCCAUGAUGUACCCCCACCAGUCAACACAUUUGCAGAGAUUGAUUUGGGUGAUGCGCUGAAUGAGAAUAUCCGAAGGUGCAAGUAUGUGAAACCAACACCGGUGCAGCGUUAUGCCAUCCCAAUCUCCAUUGCAGGGCGGGAUCUUAUGGCUUGCGCACAGACAGGGUCUGGGAAGACUGCAGCCUUUUGUUUUCCAAUCAUCAGUGGCAUCUUGAAGUCAAGGCCACCCCAGAGGUCACGGAGUUCAAGGACCGCAUAUCCUCUGGCUCUGAUAUUAUCUCCUACUCGUGAGCUUUCAGUCCAAAUCCAUGAAGAAGCAAAGAAAUUUGCAUAUCAGACUGGUGUCAAAGUUGUGGUUGCAUAUGGAGGCGCACCAAUAACUCAGCAGCUGAGGGAGUUAGAGAGAGGUGUUGAAAUUCUCGUGGCAACUCCUGGACGCUUAAUGGAUCUGUUGGAGAGGGCCAGAGUCUCACUGCAAAUGAUAAAUUAUUUAGCUCUCGAUGAAGCCGAUCGAAUGCUUGAUAUGGGUUUUGAGCCGCAGAUACGUAAGAUUGUUGAGCAGAUGGACAUGCCUCCACGUGGUGAGAGGCAGACAAUGUUAUUUAGUGCUACAUUCCCGAAAGAGAUACAGCGGAUGGCUGCAGAUUUCCUUGCUGAUUAUAUAUUUCUUGCUGUUGGGAGAGUUGGUUCAAGUACCGAUUUGAUUGUUCAGAGGGUGGAGUUUGUCCUUGAUGCAGACAAACGAAGCUACCUCAUGGACCUUAUUCAUGCACAAAAGGCUAAUGGUACACAUGGGAAGCAAUCUCUUACUUUAGUUUUUGUGGAGACAAAGAGGGGGGCUGAUGCUCUGGAGGACUGGCUCUAUAGAAAUGGCUUCCCUGCGACUAGCAUUCAUGGAGACAGGACACAACAGGAAAGAGAGCAUGCUCUAAGAUCCUUCAAGAGUGGAGCUACUCCCAUCCUUGUAGCGACUGAUGUUGCUGCUCGUGGACUUGACAUCCCACAUGUUGCCCAUGUGAUCAAUUUUGAUCUCCCAAAUGAUAUAGAUGACUAUGUCCAUCGGAUCGGAAGGACCGGACGUGCAGGCAAAUCUGGUCUGGCGACUGCAUUCUUCAACGAGAGCAACAUUUCACUGGCAAGGCCGUUGAGUGAGCUCAUGCAAGAGGCCAACCAGGAGGUUCCUCAGUGGCUUGAGAGGUACGCUGCGCGUUCAACCUACGGAGGUGGUGGCGGUAGAAACCGCAGAUCUGGUGGUGGCGCUAGAUUUGGUGGCCGUGACUUCAGGCGAGACAGGGGCAGCGGUGGUGGUUAUGGUGGUGGAGGUGGAGCUUAUGGAGGAGGCGGAUAUGGUGGGUCGUCAGGAUAUGGCGGUGGCUAUGGUGGUGGUCAAAGUACGAGUGCUUGGGACUGAUCUUCAUCCAGGCUUGCCGUGAGAAGCGAAAAAUCAAUCGACCGUGAUCAAUUGGUUCCCUUGGUGAAACAAAUACUUGGAAUUUGAAUUUGUCGCUUGAUGACUAAUGAGUACGGUGUUGGAAAACGUCCCCUUUCACCUUGGUUCUGGUUUUAAUCUUUUGCUUCUGCCUCUAAACUACAAGGGAUUGCCUGUUGUUUUUAUCUGAAUUGGUGGGCACACCGUAACCUCGUUCUGCUGCUGUAUCGUUCAUGCUGAAUCGUUUGCUUUUAAAUGAAUUGGUGGUGGUCUCACUUA